AUGGCGACUGCAAAAAAGAGUUGUGCAAAGACCGGAGGGGUGCGGUUCUCUGAGCAGUCUCACCACGCGGCCUCUUCACACGUCCACUUUGAUGAAAAACUACACGACUCUGUUGUCAUGGUGACGCCGGAAGACGACGGGAACUUCAUGGUCAAGGUGGGUUUCCUGAAGACGCAGCACAGAUAUGAAAUCAUCUUCACGUUACCGAAGGUUCCAUCUUUGGGGAAAGACGUUUGCCCUGCGCCUGUUCCCAGUCCACACCUCCGCAUUACAAACCUCGCCCCACAGCCUGACGGGGGGCUGAGGGUGACCUGCGAGUACAUGGCACAGCAGGAGGGCGUGUUGUGUGAAGAGGUGCUGCUGCUCAGUGAAACCACUGAACACGUCUGUGUCAAGGUCAAACUUCACACCAGAGUUAUGGGUCACAUACCAUAG